UAAACAUUGAAAAUAUGGCCACCGAGUGAUCUGGGUUUCCCUGAAAGGACUUUUGACUUCUGAGACAACGGAGAACAGAUGGAGGGGCCGAUGCGUGUGCUGGUGACUGGUGGCAGUGGGCUGGUGGGCCGAGCGAUAGAGCGAGUGGUGAAAGAAGGAGAAGGAAGAGAAGGAGAAGAAUGGAUAUUCCUGUCAUCCAAAGAUGCCAAUCUCUUGAGCCCUGAAGAGACUAAAGCAGCGUUUGAGAAACAUCGUCCCACACACGUCAUUCAUUUAGCUGCGAUGGUGGGCGGACUCUUCAGAAACAUGAGACAGAACCUGGACUUCUGGAGGAGUAAUGUCUUCAUCAAUGACAACGUGCUGCAGGCGGCUCAUGAUUCUGGAGUGGUCAAAGUGGUUUCUUGCCUGUCGACCUGCAUCUUCCCAGAUAAAACCAGCUAUCCUAUAGAUGAGACGAUGAUCCACAAUGGUCCUCCACAUGAGUCUAAUUUCGGGUACGCCUACGCCAAACGCAUGAUUGAUGUUCAGAACAGGGCGUUUUUUCAGCAGUUUGGUCGGCGAUACACAGCCGUCAUCCCCACCAAUGUGUUUGGAUGCCAUGAUAACUUCAACAUCGAGGACGGUCACGUGCUGCCAGGCCUAAUCCACAAGACAUACAUCGCAAAAAAGGAAGGUAAACCUCUGGUGGUCUGGGGUUCAGGUCGUCCCCUGCGGCAGUUCAUCUAUUCUCUGGAUCUGGCUCGUCUGUUUGUGUGGGUUCUGCGAGAGUAUGACGAGGUGGAGCCCAUCAUCCUGUCUGUUGGUGAGGAGGAUGAAUUGUCCAUUAAGGAUGCUGCGGAUGCUGUGGUUGAAGCGCUGGAGUUCACAGGUGACGUGAUUUAUGACACCAGUAAAGCAGACGGACAGUUCAAGAAAACCGCCAGUAACGCCAAACUACGCAAAUACCUGCCAGACUUCAAGUUCACUCCAUUCAGAGAAGCCAUCAAGGAGACGUGUGAUUGGUUUGUGGCCAAUUAUGCUGCCGCCCGUAAAUGAAGAGCCACACUUCUCAUUGGAGAGUUUGAACACUGUUUAAUGCUGGAAACCAAAACAGGACAGACUCUUUGAGCUUUUUUAUUGUUAUUUUAGAUGAUCGUUUAUCACUCUGUGUUUAUUUAACGUUUUUCAUACAAGCGUUUUCAUUUGCAAAAACUACAACAUGCUGCAUCAUCCCCCAUUGCCUGAUCUGACUGCGCCAUCUAGCGGACACCAUCAGUAAUCAGCGCGUUUUAAACAUGAAACAAUACGACAGUGAUUUAUAGUGAAUAUACUGUUUUUGAACUAUGCUAUAGUUGUCAGUUAUAGUGUAAAUAUUAAAGUAUUUACAGCUUUGUGUAACGAAUUCUACAGAAUACUGUAGUAUUAACUAGUGAUGAACUGUACUAAAUACUGUUGUAUAGUUAGAGUAAACUGUGGCGUAUUGUAGUAUAAUAUACCAUAUGGAUGUAACUUAUGGUAUUGGCUAAAUUGUUUAUAUUUCUUUAGUUGUUGUAUUACUACAGCAAAUAGAACUGUCACAACACAUGAAUUCAAAUACACUACUAUAGUAAAGUUUCAAAGACACUAGUAUUUAUUGUAAAUUAUCCUAGAGAUUUUUUCAUGUGGGAAAUGUCAUUUAUUUUUAUCAAGCCUAAAAAUGGAUUGUUUUUCCUUGCUGAAAAAACUGCUUAUCCAGCCUUGGCUGGUUGGCUGGUAUCAGCUGGUUGACCACCCUGGUUUUAGAUGUGUUUUGAGCAUUCCAUUCCGGUUUCAGCUGGUUGAUCACCCUGGUUUUAGAUGUGUUUUGGCCAUUCCAUUCCGGUUUCAGCUGGUUGACCACCCUGGUUUAUAUGUGUUUUGGCCAUUCCAUUCCGGUUUCAGCUGGUUGACCACCCUGGUUUAGAUGUGUUUUGGCCAUUCCAGGCUGGUUUCAGCUGGUUGACCACCCUGGUUUUAGAUGUGUUUUGGCCAUUCCAGGCCGGUUUCAGCUGGUUGACCACCCUGGUUUAGAUGAGUUUUGGCCAUUCCAUUCCGGUUUCAGCUGGUUGACCACCCUGGUUUUAGAUGUGUUUUGGCCAUUCCAUUCCGGUUUCAGCUGGUUGACCACCCUGGUUUUAGAUGUGUUUUGGCCAUUCCAGGCUGGUUUCAGCUGGUUGACCACCCUGGUUUAGAUGCUUUUUGGCCAUUCCAGGCCGGUUUCAGCUGGUUGACCACCCUGGUUUUAGAUGUGUUUUGGCCAUUCCAGGCCGGUUUCAGCUGGUUGACCACCCUGGUUUUAGAUGUGUUUUGGCCAUUCCAGGCCGGUUUCAGCUGGUUGACCACCCUGGUUUAGAUGUGUUUUGGCCAUUCCAGGCCAUUCCAUUUUCAGUCUGGUGAAAUGAUGACCAGCUAAACCAGCUUGACCACACUAGCCUGGGAGACCAGCCAAAACCAACCAUGCCCAGCUUAAACCAGGGUGGUUUUAGCUGGUCAUUUCUCAGCCUGACCAGCUAAGACCAGGCUGGAAAUGGCCAACACCCCUGUAAAACCAGGGUGGUCAACCAGCUGAAACCAGCCGACCAGCUUAGGCUGGAUUUUUCAGCAGGGUUAGUGCAGUUAUUAGCAAGCAAAGGCUAAGAUGUUAACCUUUACAAAAAUUAACCAUGGUUUUAUUAUAGUAAAAGUUUAGUGAAUAUAUGUUUGGCCUAGUACCAGUUUUUUAGCCAGUUUUACUACAAAUGCUAUUGUUUAAGCUAAGGUUAGAGUAGAAAAGCUGAACUGAUUUCUGGUUACCACAGUUUAACAAAAACAUGUUAUUAUUUUGUUUGUUUGUUUGUUUGUUUUUAACAUGGUUUAUCUUCGUAAUAGUGACGUACUAUUUGUUUAAGAUUGAACCGUGUGUCUUAAAGAGGCUUGUUUUGCAGAAAAAUCUAUGACGUCAAUAAAGGCGACGCCACCGCACUGCCAUAUUGGUAUUCCCUACAAUGCUCAGGCAAAGUCCCUUUAAAGCCCCAGUCAAAUCACAUGAUUUUUAUUGUCGGUCACUGUGUCAGAUUAUGCUAUUUUUUUCUUGACAAAAUCUUGACUUGUGGGCUAGACCCAAUUCACUGGAGCACGUGCCCCAGUAAAAAUCUCGAGUGCCCCAGUAAAUGCGUUGAGAUAUGAUUUACUUCAUAUAUAAGUGUAUUAUUUACUUUUUUUAUCUUAUUUCAAUCUCAAUAAACACUGAUGCUUGCAGAUAA